AUGGAGGAUACGUCGCCUGUCGACGAGCAAGAAGAUCCCGGUGAUGGUGCAGUUGUGGCUCUCGCCCCUUCUCCAGAGCCUGCGAGGGCCUUUAAAGUGCGUUGUUUACAUGCAUCAUGCUAUCCUCCACUCCAACUUGUACGCAGUAAUAGCCGUCGGUUUAUGCCUUCGCAAGCAGAUGAAGAAGCUCAUCAGUUAUCUUAUUUACAAAAGCAUAUGGCCAAUGUUUUAACUCUUUUGGCAGAUUCUGUUGAUGGAGAGGGUGAUGAAUCUAUGGUACUGACAAUGGAGACUUUUGAGCACCUUGGAUUCUUGUUGCAGUUCUCCGAAGGAACUCCUUUAAGCCAAGCUGCACCAUUUUUUGCGAAUUCUGAUCUAGACAUGCCUGCUGCUCCUGUUCCGGCUACUCAAGUUCAUGACUGGAUUCUGCAGAAUAUAGCUUCUUCCUUGGAAUAUACUGCAGAAAAAGCUAUAACCAAGGAAAACAAUCAACGGAGUGUAUCUGAUCCUGAUGUGGCAAUGGCUGAUGCUGUCACAAAUACAAGAAUCCAGAGCAGCUCAUCAACUGGUGCUUCUGUGCAAAACAAUCCUGGAUACUACCGAAAUACAUCUUUUGUGGAGGGUAUCUCCAAAACUUCUGUUGUCAAACACGGGUCUGAUAUUAAAGGGCAUUCAAUAAAGGUUUUGAACUGCCAUGAUUCUGUUAUCUACAUCCUAGCCCCUCUCAAAUAUGCUACGGUGUAUGGAUGUUCGGACACAACUGUUGUUCUUGGUGCUAUUGGCAAGGUGGUAAAAGUUGAGCAUUGUGAACGUGUGCAAAUAGUUGCGGCUUCUAAAAGAAUUUUUAUUGCCAAUUGUCGAGAAUGUAUCUUCUACUUGGGAGUAAAUCACCAACCACUUAUUGUGGGGGACAACCAUAAAUUACAAGUUGCUCCAUUUAAUACUUAUUAUCCACAACUUGGGGAGCAUUUGGCACAAGUUGGUGUGGACCCUAACGUCAACAAGUGGGAUCAACCUUUUGUGCUGGGAGUUGUUGAUCCACAUGAUUCAUUAUCUCAUCCUGCAGGGGUUUCUGAUGUCCAAGCCGAGUCUGCCACUUGUCUAGAUCCUGAUCUAUUCACAGACUUCAUGAUUCCUAGUUGGUUUGAGGCAGAAGGUCCUACCAAAUACAAUCCAUUUACGUUACCUGAAGUUUACUGGGCAUCACAGAGGAAAAAGGUAUUUAGAAGCUUCACAAUUGGAGCAAGAUUACGUGGAUCAGUUCUGCCAUUAAAAAUACCACAACUAGCCCUUUCACUGAAUGCUUCUCUGGAAGACAUUCAAAAGAAUAUACGAGAGCUGGAGCUUGAUGAUAACCGGAAAAAAGAAUUGGCAUGUGCCCUUCAUGCUCAAUUCAAGGACUGGCUAUAUGGUAAUUAA